GUGUCCCCAAAUCCCAACAAAAGAAUUAGUAAGACAUACCCAGCGGAAAGAGGCUUAGGUGUUUCGGUCAGAGUUUCAGCACCACUUCCACUUCCACUGCCGUUCUCAGUAGGCGCCCCAGUUCGUCGCCGGCCGCCAUGGGCGGAGUCGCCAGGUUCUUUGUGCUCCUCAUCACUCCCUACCCUCUGCUCCGCCCACGUCCCUCCCUCAUCCGCUUCGCUCGCCACACUAAGCAUCCCCGCUCUAUCUCUUCCCUGCCUCACCACCUCACUCCCCCUGCCUCUCCUUCUCACCGCCUAAAGUUUCUCAUCAAAGCCUCUCAACACCUUCACACCCAAUCCGCCGCCAGAGAUGACCAUUUCGCCGACGCCUCGCCGACGCAAAGGGCUUCUCACCCUUGGCCCGAGUGGGUGAGUCUCGUCGAUAGUCUUGCUUCCCGCGGAUACUUUGAUCGGCAGAGAUUUUCUGGGGCAGGUGCUUGUGCAAUUGGCGGUGAGGAUGAGUUCGCGGCUGUUGAGGAUUUGUCGGAGGAGUUUGUGCGGGCCGCGGGCUCGUGUUUGGCAUUCGCUCGUGAUCAGCCGAAUCUUUUAGGGUUGCUUCCGCGGAGAGAUAUUGAGGUGGUUGUUGAGAACGGAACACCAUUUCUGUUCAAAAAUUCUGUUGAUUCGGCAUGGAGGAUGAAGUCAUUUUUGGGCAUUGGCAAAAGCAUUGUUAUGGAAUCCAAUAUGGCAGAGACAGUUGAUCUGAUGAGGUUUUUAUUGAGCUAUGCAAGCAACCCUUCUGCUUCUUUGGAGGGGAACAAUCUCUAUGCUAGCAAUCUUGUUAAAUCAUCUGUCCGGAAUCUAUUGAGUAACUUGGCCCAGGUGAUCCGUGGUCCUUUGGAAUCAGAUCUUUCUGCAUCAGCGGAAAAACAGUUCCCAUAUAGAUAUGGACAAACGUCUACACUGCUUCGGCAAAACAUUGAAAUGAAAAGAGGUGACUGGAUUUGCCCAAGGUGCAAUUUCAUGAACUUUGCAAGAAAUGUGAAAUGCCUUGAAUGUGAGGAGGCACGACCGAAGAGACAGCUGACUGGUGGAGAAUGGGAGUGUCCUCAAUGUGAUUUCUUUAAUUAUGGGAGGAACACGGUAUGCUUGAGAUGUGAUUCUAAGCGACCUGGAGAGGUCUCAAUCAGUGCCACUAACACUGGGGCAGGCUUGGGACAUGGUAAUGGAAGCCAUGUGAAUAAAGUUGAUGUUGAAAACAGGUUGGCUGCCAAUGAAGAAAAGGCGGAACGGUGGUUCAAGAAGGUUUCUCAAAUGGAUAGUUCCUCAGACUUGAACAGUGCUAUUGUAGAUGAAGAUUUCCCUGAAAUCAUGCCAUUGAGGAAAGGUGUUAAUAGGUUUGUUGUUAGCACAAGGAAGACACCUUCAGAAAGGAGGCUCGCCAAUGCUCAGCACCAACGAAAUUUGGGUAAUGAUGGCACCUCAGAAAGCAAUGUUGUCCAGCCUGUAAAUAGGAAACUUGACACGACAAUCAGCAGGCGCUUGGACGAAAUUCUUGGUCGCAGAUCUGCUUCUCUUGAAAGAGAUAAUAAGAGCAUCUCUGGUAUGAAAAAUGCUGGAGCAGAGAGCCUACAAUCAGCUGGCCAAUUUCCUUCCCAGUAUGGACGCCCUAGAGUGAGCAACUCUAAUUACGUCCCUUUUGUUCCAUUGCCAGCACAUAUGUUUGCUAAGAAAUCUCAAGAUCCAAACACACAGGGGAAUGAGAAUGUCGUGUCAGUCAACCAUGAAUCUGCGGUGUCAGAGGCUGUUGAGCAGACAGGUACUAUUUUGGGGAGCAGUAACUUGGGAAAAUCGGGAGAUUCAUUGCUUCCUGAUGCACUGCUGAACCAGACUGAAAGCAAGGAGAAAGAAAAGGAACAAGCUGAAAAAUCUGAGAGAUGGUUUAAGAAGGUCGCGGAGCUGCAUGAUGUUACAGAUCAUGCUAGUGCGAUUUCAGAUGAGGACUUCUCAGAGAUCAUGCCAAUGCGUAAAGGAGAGAAUCGGUUUGUUGUCAGCAAGAAGAAAGACUCUUCUUUGAUUUCUCCAGUAUACAAGAGACAAAUGGCCAUGGAGCAAGCGAGCAACACCAAUUUCGUACCAUUUGUUCCGUUCCCACAUGAUUACUUUGCGAAGAAGGAUAAAGAGCCAUUGGAUGGAGCAGAUUUAAGCAAAAAAGAUACUGGUGAAAUUUCUUCUGCAUCUGUGCCAUGCAAGCUUCAGGAGAAGUUGGAUAGUGUGAAACUUGAGGUGCCUGGUAGGGAUCAUGCGCAAUGGAGGGAAGGUCGAGAGGUCAGUGCGGGGAGCUGGAAUUUGGGAGCUUCUGAGAAGGAUUUAAAUGAGAGGAAGGCUGGUGUUUAUGGGGUGUCGCCACACAAUGAAAAUUUGGCCCCUAUAAAUCCCCAUAGUAAUUUCAAGGACACGUUGAGCAAUGGGCAUUCUGGGAAAGAGAAUAUAAUUGAGACUAGAAAUACGACAGGCAGUUUAUCAGGCUCAUCUAAGAGCGAGAACGACAACACCAGGGAGAGCUGGGCAGGAAAGAGCUUGGAGGGAUCAGCAGUCAAGGAGCCUGAUCCUCUGGACAUGUCAGAAGAAGCCAAAGCAGAGAGGUGGUUCCGGCGAGUUGCCCAGAUCAAGGACAUCUCAGAGUUGAGCCAGAUUCCUGAUGAAGACUUCCCUUCAAUAAUGCCAAUGCGGAAAGGGGUAAACAGGUUUGUCGUGAGCAAGAGGAAAACACCAUUAGAGAGGAGGUUGACAUCUGCUCAGUAUAGAAAGAAUCUUCCGGUUGUGAGUUCAGAGCAAGUAAAUAAGGGAAAUGACAAUAGUUGAAAGUAAGCCUUUUUUUUUAUUCUUUGUGGUUUUGCUUUGAUUCCGAUGUGGUAUUUCAUUGGGGCAAAAAAUUUUGUUCCUCAUUUUAUGGUAGUAGAAAAAAAGAAGGUACAUUAUUUGUUGUGUAGUAAGUAUUAGACCUUUAAAGGUCAGGAGUGAUUACAAGAUGGUAUCGCCUGUAACAUCCUUGUAUCUCAUUUUGAACUAUUUUGGAUGGUCUUCCAUAUGUUUUAAAGAAUUCUUUAGUGUAUAUUUCACAUUAUUGCC